CCCACGUGUGCAGAGAUUGUGGACGGCAACGCAAAGAUGACCCUGGGCAUGAUCUGGACCAUCAUCCUUCGCUUCGCCAUUCAGGACAUCUCUGUGGAAGAGACCUCGGCCAAGGAGGGGCUCCUGCUGUGGUGCCAGAGGAAGACGGCCCCGUACAAGAACGUCAACGUGCAGAACUUCCACAUCAGCUGGAAGGAUGGCCUGGCCUUCAACGCCCUCAUCCACCGGCACAGACCCGAGCUUAUCGAAUACGACAAGCUGAGAAAGGACGACCCAGUCACCAACCUAAACAAUGCCUUUGAAGUGGCCGAGAAGUACCUGGACAUCCCUAAGAUGCUGGAUGCGGAGGACAUCGUGAACACGGCCCGGCCCGACGAGAAGGCCAUAAUGACCUAUGUGUCCAGCUUCUACCAUGCCUUUUCGGGAGCGCAGAAGGCUGAGACCGCCGCCAACCGGAUCUGCAAGGUGCUGGCUGUCAACCAGGAGAACGAGCACCUGAUGGAAGACUACGAGCGGCUGGCCAGCGACCUGCUGGAAUGGAUCCGCCGCACCAUCCCCUGGCUGGAGGACCGCGUGCCCCAGAAGACCAUCCAGGAGAUGCAGCAGAAGCUGGAGGACUUCCGCGACUACCGGCGCGUGCACAAGCCGCCCAAGGUGCAGGAGAAGUGCCAGCUGGAGAUCAACUUCAACACGCUGCAGACCAAGCUGCGCCUCAGCAACCGGCCGGCCUUCAUGCCCUCGGAGGGCAGAAUGGUGUCGGACAUCAACAAUGGCUGGCAGCACCUGGAGCAGGCCGAGAAGGGCUACGAGGAAUGGCUCCUGAACGAGAUCCGCAGGCUGGAGCGGCUCGACCACCUGGCAGAGAAGUUCCGGCAAAAGGCCUCGAUCCACGAAGCCUGGACUGAUGGGAAGGAGGCGAUGCUGAAGCACCGCGACUACGAGACGGCCACUCUGUCUGACAUCAAAGCUCUCAUCCGCAAGCACGAGGCAUUCGAGAGCGACCUGGCCGCCCACCAGGACCGUGUGGAGCAGAUCGCCGCCAUCGCCCAGGAGCUCAACGAGCUGGAUUACUAUGACUCCCACAACGUCAAUGCCCGCUGCCAGAAGAUCUGCGACCAGUGGGACGCCCUGGGCUCCCUGACCCACAGUCGCAGAGAAGCGUUGGAGAAAACAGAGAAGCAGUUAGAGACCAUUGACCAGCUGCACCUGGAGUAUGCCAAGCGGGCCGCCCCCUUCAACAACUGGAUGGAGAGCGCCAUGGAGGACCUGCAGGACAUGUUCAUUGUCCACACCAUCGAGGAGAUCGAGGGCCUCAUUUCGGCCCACGACCAGUUCAAAUCCACCCUGCCGGAUGCUGACCGCGAGCGGGAAGCCAUCCUGGCCAUCCACAAGGAGGCGCAGAGGAUCGCUGAGAGCAACCACAUCAAGCUGUCAGGCAGCAACCCCUACACCACCGUCACCCCCCAGAUCAUCAACUCCAAGUGGGAGAAAGUGCAGCAGCUGGUGCCCAAGCGGGACCACGCGCUCCUGGAAGAGCAGAGUAAGCAGCAGUCCAACGAGCACCUGCGCCGCCAGUUUGCCAGCCAGGCCAACGUGGUGGGGCCCUGGAUCCAGACCAAGAUGGAGGAGAUAGGCCGCAUCUCCAUCGAGAUGAACGGGACGCUGGAGGACCAGCUGAGCCACCUGAAGCAGUACGAGCGCAGCAUCGUGGACUACAAGCCCAACUUAGACCUGCUCGAGCAGCAGCACCAGCUCAUCCAGGAGGCCCUCAUCUUCGACAACAAGCACACCAACUACACAAUGGAGCACAUCCGUGUGGGCUGGGAGCAGCUGCUCACCACCAUUGCCCGCACCAUCAAUGAGGUGGAGAACCAGAUCCUCACCCGCGACGCCAAGGGCAUCAGCCAGGAGCAGAUGCAGGAGUUCCGGGCCUCCUUCAACCACUUCGACAAGGACCAUGGUGGGGCUCUGGGGCCCGAGGAGUUCAAGGCCUGCCUCAUCAGCCUGGGCUACGACGUGGAGAACGACCGGCAGGGUGACGCCGAGUUCAACCGCAUCAUGAGCGUGGUGGACCCCAACCACAGCGGCCUCGUGACCUUCCAAGCCUUCAUCGACUUCAUGUCACGGGAGACCACCGACACGGACACGGCUGACCAGGUCAUCGCCUCCUUCAAGGUCCUGGCAGGGGACAAGAACUUCAUCACAGCCGAGGAGCUGCGGAGAGAGCUGCCCCCCGACCAGGCCGAGUACUGCAUUGCCCGCAUGGCGCCCUACCAGGGCCCCGAUGCCGUGCCCGGCGCCCUCGACUACAAGUCCUUCUCCACGGCCCUCUAUGGCGAGAGCGACCUGUGAGGGCUCCUGACUCCCGGACCAAAGCCCCUCGGCCUCCCGGCGGGGCUGGGGGUACCCUGCCCCACCCCGACUCUUGUAUCUAUGCAAAGCCCUCUCUGUCGGUCCCUGGGGGCAGUGGGCAGAGAGGAGCUGGCAGGCUCUCUCCUCUCUCUGGCAGUCGGCCAGGGGCUCCCCCCCACACCUGGAAGGGGGACGGAGGCCGGGGUCAGCACCUCUGGUCUGGUAAAUACGUACAUUUUUUUAAAUCUUACGUGGAGGGGACAGAGGCUCCAUGCCUCCCACACCCAGGCCAAAGCCCCACGUGCCUUGUCCAGGAACCGCCCCGCAAGGUCCAGCAGAGGGCGCUGCUGCUCCGCUGAACCAGACCCCGCCAGCUCCCUCUCCCUUCCCCAGUGGGACUCGAUGGUGAGUGCCAGGCGCCCAGGACCCUGCCAUCACCCCCUUACUUUGUCUGGACUCGAGGUCUCAAUUUUUUUUUUUUCUAAGGACCAAAACCAACAAAAUCAUACAAAAAAAAAAUGAACAAGAAGAAAAAAAACCUAUAAAAAAAAAACCCUUCAGAGAAUUCCUAUUUACUUUAUUAACUUACGGAUUUAUUAUAUAAAUAUAUAUUCACCUAGCAACGUAUCUUCGCCUCUCUUGCUCUCUAAUGAAGACAUAGCUGAUUGGCUGCCCGCCCGCACUGAUCUUCCUCAGUGUCUGUGCUGGCAGGGUCUGGGGGGACCACCUCCGGGGUGGAGGGGGCUGCUGGCCUGGCUGCCUGCUAGUUGAUGGUUUUGCCCUCCUCUCCCCUCUUGAGUUUAUUCUGAUUUUCUUGGUUUCUGGAUAAACCACUCUUCUGGGGACAGGAUAAUAAAACAUGUAAUAUUUUUAAGAUGGA